UGGAGUGAGGGGCUCGGCGUGACCCGUGAGGAGCCCCGCGGGUAGAGCGGCGCUGCCCCUUCGCUCCGGGGUGAACUGAAACUUUGCUAGGGGAGAGGGCCGACGCCAGCCUCGCUGGGUUCGGAGAAGACCCAGCGCUGUGCGAGGUCGAGGGCCGGGCAGGGCAGAGCAGGGGUGGAAGGAGAGACCUGUAAUGACGGCGGGAUUUGGGGUGCGGAGGGUUGCGAGGGAGGGGCCGCAACCCCGAACAAUUGCAUUCCCGGGCUGGAUGCCGGUUGUUAAGCGCGCUGUUGCUUUGUAAAAAUGCGUGUGUUCUGGUGUUUUGGCUGGGGCAGGGAGGGGACACCCCACGAGGUCUGGGGCUGUUCCCCUUGUGUCAUCCCCCCGCCUUUUAAUUGCAAAGGUCACCAUGGCUGACCGGGCUGCUGCCGAAAGGGCCUGCAAGGAUCCCAAUCCCAUCAUUGAUGGCAGAAAGGCCAACGUGAACCUGGCAUACUUAGGAGCAAAACCAAGGAUCAUGCAACCAGGUUUUGCCUUUGGUGUUCAACAACUUCAUCCAGCCCUUAUACAAAGACCUUUCGGGAUACCUGCCCACUAUGUCUAUCCGCAGGCUUUUGUGCAGCCGGGAGUGGUCAUUCCACAUGUCCAGCCGACAGCAGCUGCCGCCUCCACCACCCCUUACAUUGAUUACACUGGAGCUGCAUACGCACAAUACUCAGCAGCUGCUGCUGCUGCCGCCGCCGCUGCUGCCUAUGACCAGUACCCCUAUGCAGCCUCUCCAGCUGCUGCAGGAUAUGUUACUGCUGGGGGCUAUGGCUACGCAGUCCAGCAGCCAAUCACCGCAGCGGCACCUGGGACAGCUGCCGCCGCCGCUGCAGCAGCUGCUGCCGCUGCAGCAUUUGGCCAGUACCAGCCUCAGCAGCUGCAGACAGACCGAAUGCAAUAGACCAGCCAUCUGAUCAAAGUUGAAUUGUUUUCUCUUUCCCUCCCAAUUUUCCAAUUUUUAGUAGCUAAUAAGAGAGUUAACAUUGACUUAACAGCUUUAAAAAAAAAAAAAAAACAGCCAUGCUAUUGUGAAGCAGAGUUAUUAUUUUUUUUAUACUCCAGGUAGUGUUCUAGAUGAGAAAGAGGUAAGAAUGAGGGGAAUGGGCACAAUUUUGGAAAUCAAUCCCAAAGAGCCUGAGUAAAUGAAAGGCCACUACGAAAUGACGCCAGGAGUAACAACGGAACUUCACUUUUGUAACGGGAUUUUUAUUUUUGCUCUUUUUAUAGUAUCAGGGAAGCAAACUGCCUUUUACAAGUUAGAAAAUGCUGUUUGAAUCUAGUUGAACCAGGGAAUACAGAGCGAGCAAUAUGUAGCUUGAAUUACAUUUAAAAGCAGAUUUUUUACAAACAAAAUGGCGAAAGCACUGAUUGUCAUUUUUAGCAGUCACUUAAGGCCUAUAGAACUUUUUUCAAGUCGGAAGGUCCUGUUCUUACUAUCUCAAAAAUGGGCAUCGAACAGUCAAUCUAGGAGCGUGGCAGUGGGUAAAAUGGUGGACAGGCACCAAAGCUAUUUUCUCAUCUGUCCUGUGGAUGAGUGGAACUGUGGAACAAGUGAUGUGGAAUUAAUGGGUGCAACAGCUGUACAGACAAUCAAUAACACACACAGUUCUGGAAAGAACACAUCACUUGUGCUUGUUUGAUGAGCUUGUCACAUUCUAAUCCCUCUCCCCAUCCUGUUUCAAUUUUGGGAAACUUGUAUCUGCUGGUGUCAGCAAUUCUGAUUCUGAAAUAGGAUCAGGCUUUUACUACAACAGCCUUCUCUUUCUAUUUAUUGUGUCGACUCGUGGCUUAUGAAUAAAGGCAGGCAAAGUUUGCAGAACUGUCUUAAGGACAUUUAUUUUUUUUCCCUUUUUAAGUAAUUUUACACUUUUUAGUAUCUAUUUCAGAGUCAUAUUUAAAACUAUUUAUUAGUGACUACAGUACAUGAGACAACAAGGUUACUGAGAUUACAAUUCUUCAAAGGUUAAUGAUAAUGUGGUUUAUACUGUGCCUUAAUAGUAAUGCUAUUUAAGAUAUUUAUUUUUAAGUUUUACUAUGCUGCACUCUAAAGAAAGGAACUUUAGAUGUGACACUGUAAAAUUAUGUAUUCAUCUCAUGGCAUAAAUUAUUUAGUAGGUCUAGAUGUAGCGUAUUAAAUAUUAACCUAUUCAACUAAAGAUGUUGACUUGGAUUUAUUUAAAUUCAUAUGUGCACUGUAUAAGAGAGUACUCUUACAUUAACACAUUUUAGUUUAGUUUUUAGAUUUUUUUUAAACAAGAUAUAUUGCUAGUUUCAUGCUUCCUCCUCUGAUUUUGCCUGUGUAGAUUUCAUUUAUUGGUAAUUCAUUAGUUUAACACUAUUCUUAUGUAGUUUUUAAAUGCUGCUUUACAUUUUUCUUCUGAAACUGCAAUACUUGCAAUUUUUAUUCUUAAACUAAAUUGAAUACUAUUUUACACUGUAUUGGAUUUUUAUACUUGAACAAUUUCAUACAAGGGAAGACAGGUUAGCAUUUUUAUGGACUUUCUCCAUUAUCACUGGAUUUACUUUAAGUAUUCCCAUACUAGACAGUGUUAUGUAAUGUAGACAUGACUCUCCUGUGCAAAUUAUUUAUUCGUUGUGUAUAUUGCUUUAUAACAUUUCAGAUCUUCUAAUCUAUUCACUUGUAUUAAAUAUAAUUUUUAAAAA